CCCGCAGCUCCCGGCGCUGCCGCUGCCUCCCGGGCCGCCGGGGAUGCGGGUGCCGGGCGGUCCCCGCGGGAGCUGAGCCCGCCAUGGUGCCCUGCGGGGCCGUGCUGUGGCGGCGGCUGCUCAGGAAGCGCUGGGUGCUCGGCCUCGUGUUCGGGCUCUCGCUCGUUUACUUCAUCACCAGCACCUUCAAGCAGGAAGAGAGGAUGGUGAGAGAUCGGAAUCUCCUCCAAGUGCAGGAGCACGAGCAGCCCAUCCUGUGGAAGGUGAAGUUCAGCCCGGGAAACAGCAGCCAGCUGAGUAACCAGUGCAGGAAUUCUGUGCAGGGCAAGCUCCUCAUCACAGAUGAACUGGGGUACAUCUGUGAGAGGAAGGACCUGCUGGUGAACGGCUGCUGUGACGUGCACGUGCCCAGCACGAAGCUGUUCAGCUGUGAGAGCUGCCUGCCCAACGGCUGCUGCAGCGUCUACGAGUACUGCGUGUCCUGCUGCCUCCAGCCCAGCAAGCAACAUCUCCUGGAGCGUUUCCUGAACCGGGCAGCUAUUGCUUUCCAAAACCUCUUCAUGGCAGUGGAGGAUCACUUUGAGCUGUGUCUGGCCAAAUGUAGGACUUCAUCACAGAGUGUGCAGCAUGAGAACACCUACAGAGACCCCAUUGCCAAAUACUGCUAUGGGGAAUAUCCCCCCGAGCUCCUGCCUGUCUGAAAGCUGGGAGAUCUGAGCAACAGAGGGAAGCAACUGGAGGCUGGAAGCCAAAGGAACAAGACACCAGCUGCUGCUUUACAAGAGCCUCAGUGCAAAUGGCUUGUGUUGGGUGUGGGGGCAAAGCCAGAGGUGUCAGAGUGAGCAAGGAGCUCCAGUUCUCUGGGACUGAAUCUUGCUUCCUUCACUUUGCUGUGCACCUGUGCUAGUACUGUGCUACAGUACCAGUGUGUUCUUGGAGCAUUUCCUCUGUGUUUUAGGAUCUAGGCUGUAAAACACCACGGGAAAAAUACCUAAUGUGGCUUUGCAGCUGUAAAUGGAGGUUCAGUUGUGUCUCUGCAGUCCAGAGACUUUCCAGAGAGACAGUAAUAAUGGGAGGAUUUCUGCUUUCAGAGAGAAAAGCACGCUUUGCUUCUCUCUCUGGAACCCCUCUUGACAUGCAUGGUGUACACUACAUAUGUAAUUAUGAAUUAUUUAUUCAUUUUAUAUGGAUUACUAGCUGAAAGUAUUGAUGCUUUGCAGAGCUAGUGGUUGGUGCCUUUCAGUCCCUGUUUUGCUCUGUCAGCUAGAAAGGAUGUUUUAGAUCCUGACUAAAGUUGGUUGGUUUUUCUUCCUCCUUAGUCCAAAGGAAUUGUGUUGGGAUUUGUCACUAUAGUGCUUAUGUUCCUCUUAGUGAGUUUAAAGCAUUCAGAACUCCAAUGGAGUUGUUAUUCUGUCCAAGUCCUGCAGCAUGAGAGAAGAGCAGGGAUCUGCCCAGGGUGGGAUGUUGGUUGUUUGUUGUAAAUACUUCCCUUGAUACUCUGCAACAGGUUCCUCAAAGAGGAGUCUUAGUUUUGUGAACAGCUCUCUGCUGGUCCCCUUGUGACAGGGAACACUGGAGAGCUGUUUGCUUGAACUUGGUAAAUGAAACAUUCUUCACUCCUGGUUGUGCAGGAGGCAGAAGGGUGGAGCUGUUCUGGGACCUCAGUUUCAUGAUGUCCUGGUGCAUGAAGUAAUUCCAGUGUCAGAACACGCCCUCUGAGGACAACUGUGUUGCAUGAGCUCAGCUAAACAGUCAGGGUGCUUUUAAUUUGCUGUUGGACACACUUGCUACUCUGGAAUCUUGGUCUGAUCAGAAUGGCACUAGGCCAGGGUUGGUUCUCCCACAAUUUCUCCUGGCUCUCUAAAGUUGCAGUUUAAACUGCCUCCCUCUAAAGGCCACACAACACAGAAAAGAUGGGUAGAGAACCAGUAAAAUGCUGACUAAAUUUGUGCUCCCCCUGCAAGUCACUGGGCAAAGUCUAAGCACUAGACUGAACUGGGUUGUUCUUUUCUGUAAAGAGACUCAUUUCUCUUGUUUUUACCCCACCCAUCUCCUCAUGAUUUGGACUUUGUGUGUGCCUGCUUGAACUGCAUAAGAUAAAAAAGUAAAUAAAAAUGUAGAUAAAAAUCUACAGAGGCUUUAACGAAAAAACAAACAGACAAACCCCAAGCACAGUGGUGGAAUAUCCUGGUGCAAAAGAUCUGUACAAUGCUGUGCAAUCCCACAUGAUACAAACAAGAAAUAGUACCAACCAUCUCAUAAAAUCCAUUUGCAUUGUUUUCGUUGUUUUUUCCCAGAAGCCAUCAUGUGAAAUAACGGUUCCAUCAGCAGUUUUCUCUUGGAAAUCUUGUUUUUCCACAGGCUCCAGAGCUCUGGCAUUAGCAGUUUGUGCAGUUUAUCCCUUUGCUGCCAUCCUGUGGCAACGUGCAGACGUGUGUGAGGCUGCAGUGUGGAAUCCUGUCUUCAGAGGGUAGCAGAGGUUGCUUCUCUUUUCAGUUAGGCACAUUCUUCACUCCUUCCCAGCACUCCAUAACCGUUUUCCUUAGGGAAGGCCAUCGGGUUGGUCUGUCAGACCAUUCCUGCUGAGAUGUAUUCCAGCACUUGGUGUGUUUGCACCAUGACUGAUGAGAUCAAGAUACUGGUCGCCUGCUCCUGCUUUCUUUUCCAACUUGAUAUUAAUUCCUUAGCAGGUCAUACCACUGCCUUGAAGCAGUAAUUGUAAGAAAUCAGAAGAACCAGCCUAAUUUGGACAAUGUCUGUGAGAAUUCCUGGCCCUUUUCUCUCCUAGAAAAACAGGAUGAGAUCAGAAGUGCACUGUCAAUGGGACAGAAACUGCAUCCUCCCUCCCUGGUUGUUGAGCUGUUCAACUAGUACCUGUAGUUUAUGUUAAAUCAUUAAAAUGUUCCAAAAUACUGCCUGUUCUCAUGUCUUUUCUUGAAUUACAAAGCAGCUGUACCAGAAUGUAAGGUUGAAGAAUGCAGUGGGGCAGAGAGAAACACUUCCUGGAAUAUCUGUAAUAAAGGCAAGCAAGUAGAGUUGAAAAGGAAAUCACUUUCAUUUUAAUCUAGGACAAGAGAAUGCUUCUAUCAGUGAUUAAUAGAAAGAUCAGACCCUUUGCAAAAGUGGAUUGAGCAGGGAAAGGAAUGCAAAUGAUUGCUUCAUGUUGGGAAGAUUCAGUGAGACACAUCAAAUCUGUGCUUCCUGAUAAAACUUCUGCAUGGUUUAAGUGGUGUCCAUCCCUCUUGCAGAAAGCCUGGUGAUUCUGUGGUUGUCUGACAUCUCAUUUCUCCUUGUCAGCUGAGAGACUGGGGCUGUGGAUGCGUGUUUGGCAGCAGGUUUAAUGAGAACACCUGAUGGAGCCACUGGCUCUGCUUAUCUGCACUGAGGUCCCUGCUGGGGAUAAUUGGAUGGGUUCUGUGCUUUUUCAUUCCUGUGGCUUACAGGAAUAUUAAUGCUGGUGAAAAAUGGUGGCAGCUACCGUGGAAUGGGAAAACAGGCACAGGAUUUAGUUGUACCAGUUUGGAAACUAAUCUCUGCAGAAGGGGAAAAGUGCUAAGUCUGCCAGGUUUAAACCCGAGCCAUUGGCCUGGACAGAACCUGCUGUUCUGCUCCACUGGGAUGGUACAGGGAGAACUGGAUAAAAAUCCUCACAGUGAUGGGCUGGAGCUGUGAAAUGGCAAGUGCAGACCCCUGAACAGUUGAUGAGCAGGGAUAAUGGUUUCUGUAUUCUCAGACUCUCACUCGUGUGGUGGCAGUUCUUUAUCUCCUGUACGUGUUCAGGCUCUGAUUGCUUGGAGAACUUCCUAAAAAAACUGCAUUAGGAGUCAAUUUGUGAAUAUAAAGCACUAAGCACAGCAAAUCUUAAUCAUGAGUCUUUAUUAUGAUCCACUUUUAGAAAGCAAAUCCUUUCUUACUUCCCUCUUCAUUUAGCUGGACAGGCUUGAGCUUUGGGAUUUGUUCAGUCUUGUGGUAGUCACUUAACUGCAAACACACUCGAUCCUUUUACCAAACACCAUAAUGUGAUAUUUGUUCUUGGGUUAUUCUUGUCAAGGAGGCGUGGGGGAGGAGGUGAAAAGGAAUUUUCUAACUCAGCAAGUUCCACAAAAGAUGGAGUUCAGCAAAUUAUCGGUGCUUUAAUAACAGCCCUCUUGCAUUUCUUUACAACCUGAGGCAAACAACUAACUAUAUGCAGAGGGGGAAAAAUGCCAACUUCAAAACCUGCAGGGAAUGAUGGGAAAGCACUUAGUUCUUCAUUUUUGAUCCGUGUCUAAUUAAACAGACAGUUCUAUCUAAUAUUUUUGGUCCAUUAAGGUCUGACUUGUAGCAACACGCAGGUUGUCUUCCUGAUGGUUUUCAUUCUGAGGCAGUCCUGUGGCCACAGAUAUUUUUUUUUCUCAGAAAUCAGGGGUUUGAUAGAUUAGAAGUGUGUGUCUUAAGCAAGAAUUCUCAGGAUCCCUUCAGACUGAAGCAUGUUUGUUGCUGUGGUCUGCUGUUUCGCCUAUGGUAAAAUAACACAAAGUUGCAGAGUAGAGAAAAUGAAGGAAUUAAUUCUGGCUGAAAUCUUGCCUCGUAGAAGCUUUUCUAUUAUGGGUUUCAAUUAAGGGGGAUAGAAGACCACAAGCUGUAGUUGCAAAUGGAAUGGGAGGCGAUUGUUAGGCUUUUUCCAUAGAUGAGAUGACAAUUAAUCUGUUUCUACUGUUAAUAGUUGAAAUGAGGACUAGCACCUGAUUUCUUGCCAAUUUAAUGGAAGCUUCUAAUAAAAUGCAGCUCUCAUUUA